AUGUUCUCGCGAUCCUACACCAAUCUGGUCGAUCUCGCCAAUGGCAACCUCUCCGCCCUCGACUACGGAGGCGGCGGCGGCGGUGGAGUUGGAGGCGGAGGCGGAGGCGGGGGCCGCCCGCCGCGGGCGAGGCAGAUGCAGCGGACGAUGACGACGCCCGGGACGCUCGUGGAGCUCGACGAGGACCAAGCGGGCAGCGUCGCCUCCGACGUGCCGUCGUCGUUCGCCAGCGACCGCCUCAUCGUCGUCGCCAACACGCUCCCCGUGCGCGGCGAGCGCGGGCCCGACGGCCGCGGGUGGAGCUUCUCCUGGGAUGAGGACUCGCUCCUCUUCCACCUCCGCGACGGCCUCCCCGAAGACAUGGAGGUCCUCUACGUCGGCUCCCUCCGCGCCGACGUGCCGGCCGUCGAGCAGGACGAGGUCGCGCAGGCGCUCCUCGACAGGUUCCGCUGCGUCCCGGCCUUCCUCCCCAAGGACCUCUGCGACCGAUUCUACAAUGGCUUCUGUAAGCAGACGCUCUGGCCGCUCUUCCACUACAUGCUCCCCUUCUCCCCAGACCACGGCGGACGCUUCGACCGCUCCCAGUGGGAGGCCUACGUCCUCGCCAACAAGCUCUUCUCCCAGCGCGUCAUCGAGGUCCUCAACCCGGAGGACGACUACGUCUGGAUCCACGACUACCACCUCCUAGCCCUCCCGUCCUUCCUGCGCCGCCGAUUCAACCGCCUCCGCAUCGGCUUCUUCCUGCACAGCCCCUUCCCUUCGUCGGAGCUCUACCGUUCCCUCCCCGUCCGUGAUGAGAUCCUUAAAUCGCUGCUCAACUGCGAUCUGAUUGGGUUCCACACCUUCGAUUACGCCCGGCAUUUCCUGUCCUGCUGCAGCCGCAUGCUCGGGAUCGAGUACCAAUCCAAGAGGGGAUACAUUGGGCUCGAUUACUUUGGACGUACGGUGGGAAUAAAGAUCAUGCCUGUUGGGAUUAACAUGGUGCAGCUGCAGUCACUGCUCCAGCAGCCUGAUCUGGAGCGGCAGGUCGCGGAGCUCCGGAACCAAUUCAAUCGGAAGACUGUCUUGCUCGGUGUGGAUGAUAUGGACAUUUUUAAGGGGAUUGAUCUGAAGAUUCUUGCGUUUGAACAGAUGCUGAAGACACAUCCAAAAUGGCAGGGCCGGGCAGUGUUGGUGCAGAUUGCAAACCCAAAAGGCGGCAGCGGGAAAGACCUGGAGGGGCUACAGACUGAGAUUGAAGACAGUUGCAGGAGGAUCAAUGAGCAGUUUGGACGGUCUGGAUAUAGCCCUGUCGUGCUUGUCAAUAGGACACUGUCAAGUGUUGAGAGGAUGGCUUAUUACACCAUUGCAGAGUGUGUCGUUGUCACUGCAGUCAGGGAUGGAAUGAACCUUACACCAUAUGAAUACAUUGUGUGUAGGCAGGGAAUUCCAGGUUUGGAUGGUUCUGUGGAUGAUAGACCGCGGGGGAAAAGUAUGCUAGUUGUGUCAGAAUUCAUUGGCUGCUCACCAUCAUUGAGUGCAGCAAUUCGGGUAAACCCGUGGAACCUUGAGUCAACAGCAGAGGCGAUGAAUGAGUCCAUCGCUUUAUCAGAUAAUGAGAAGCAACUGCGACAUGAGAAGCACUAUCGGUAUGUCAGUUCACAUGAUGUUGCCUAUUGGUCUAAGAGCUAUAUUCAUGAUUUCGAGAGAAGCUGUAGGGACCAUUUUAGGAGAAGAUGCUGGGGUGUUGGACUAGGAUUUGGAUUUAGAGUGGUUGCUCUUGACCGCAAUUUCAAAAAACUUACUGUAGAUUCUAUUGUUGCGGAUUACAAGAAGUCAAAGAGCAGGAUCAUACUACUGGACUACGAUGGAACCCUAGUACCACAAACUACAAUGAACAAGACUCCAAGUGAAACUGUUGUUAACAUGAUGAAUACCCUGUGUGCUGAUAAGAAGAAUGUUGUUUUUAUUGUAAGUGGAAGAGGAAGGGAUAGCCUUGAAAAAUGGUUUUACCCUUGCCCAGAGCUUGGCAUUGCUGCUGAACAUGGCUACUUUAUGAGGUGGACCAGAGACGAACAGUGGCAAUUACAGCAUCAGACAUCAGAUUUUGGAUGGAUGCAUAUGGCUGAGCCGGUAAUGAAACUGUACACAGAGGCAACUGAUGGAUCAUAUAUUGAAACCAAAGAGAGUGCUUUGGUCUGGCAUCACCAAGAUGCUGACCCUGGUUUUGGAUCUGCACAAGCGAAAGAAAUGCUAGAUCAUUUGGAAAGUGUCCUGGCCAAUGAGCCAGUCUCUGUAAAGAGUGGCCAGCAUAUUGUAGAGGUUAAGCCUCAGGCUGUCAGCAAAGGUUUUGUUGCCGAGAAGAUACUUUCAACUCUCGUGGAGAAGGGAAGGCAAGCAGAUUUCGUUCUGUGCAUUGGUGAUGAUAGAUCGGAUGAGGAUAUGUUUGAACAGAUUGCUGAUAGUAUGAGGAAGAGCAUGGUUGAUCCCCAAACCUCGCUGUAUGCCUGCACAGUCGGGCAGAAACCAAGCAAGGCCAUUUACUAUUUGGAUGACGCUAAUGAGGUCUUAAACAUGCUAGAAGCACUUGCUGAUGCAUCGGAGGAGGCUAGUUCUGGUUCACCGGAAGCAACGGAUGGACCAUCUACACUGGAGGAAGCAUGA